AUGGCCAACUCCCCGCCCACCUGCAGCAAUCGACCCCCAGAGCUGGCAGCCCAGCCACGGGGUGUGCGUAAAAUAGUCCCCCAUUCGGAUGAUGAAGAAGUUGAUGAAGAAGUUGAUGAAGAAGUUGAUGAAGAAGUUGAUGAAGAAGUUGAUGAAGUUGAAGUUGAUGAAUUUGAAGUUGAUGAAGUUGAAGUUGAUGAAGUUGAAGUUGAUGAAGAAGUUGAUGAAGUUGAAGUUGAUGAAGAAGUUGAUGAAGUUGAAGUUGAUGAUGAAGUUGAUGAAGUUGAAGUUGAUGAAGUUGAAGUUGAUGAAGAAGUUGAUGAAGUUGAAGUUGAUGAAGAAGUUGAUGAAGAAGUUGAUGAAGAAGUUGAUGAAGAAGUUGAUGAAGAAGUUGAUGAAGAAGUUGAUGAAGAAGUUGAUGAAGAAGCAGCUGCACCUUCAUGCUGGGUGUAA